AGAAGAAGCCUCUCGAAUAGCCGGUGUCAGCGCAGCGGCGGCGCCAUCUUAGACACGGACAGACAACGUAGCUCCGCCGGCGGCAGGACACCACCAUGUACCCGACCUCACUGACGCAGCUGGCGCGGGCCAACCCGUUCAGCGCGCCGCUCUUCUCCCUGCAGAAGGUGGAGGAGCCCCGACAGAGCCAGCCUGAGCCGGGACGGAGGAGCCGCACUCUGGCAGCAGCCGCCGCCGCAGACGAGGGGGACAGUUGUGAGUUCGGCUCUCAGAAGUAUUUGGUCCUGUGUGGGUUUGGUGGCAUUCUCAGCUGUGGCACCACGCACACGGCCGUCGUGCCCCUCGAUCUGGUCAAAUGCCGAAUGCAGGUGAACCCCGACAAAUACAAAAGCAUCGGGAACGGCUUCGCUGUGACCGUCAGGGAGGAUGGGGUCAGAGGGCUGGCCAAGGGCUGGGCCCCCACCUUCAUCGGUUACUCCAUGCAGGGGCUCUGCAAGUUCGGCUUCUAUGAAGUGUUCAAGAUUAUGUACAGUGAUCUGCUGGGAGAGGAGAACACAUACCUGUGGAGGACAUCUCUGUACCUGGCCGCCUCGGCUAGCGCAGAGUUCUUUGCCGACAUCGCCCUGGCCCCCAUGGAGGCGGUCAAAGUCCGUAUCCAGACCCAGCCGGGCUACGCCAACACACUCCGGCAGUGUGUCCCCAAGAUGUACGCAGAGGAGGGGAUCUGGGCCUUCUAUAAGGGGGUGGUCCCCCUCUGGAUGAGGCAGAUCCCCUACACCAUGAUGAAGUUCGCCUGCUUCGAGCGCACCGUGGAGUUGCUCUACAAGUACGUGGUUCCUAAACCGCGCAGCGAGUGCAGCAAAGGCGAGCAGCUGGUCGUCACCUUCGUGGCCGGAUACAUCGCUGGGGUCUUCUGUGCCAUCGUGUCCCACCCCGCCGACUCUGUGGUGUCUGUGCUGAACAAGGAGAAGGGCAGCACCGCCGCGCAGGUCCUGAAGAAGCUCGGGCCCAAAGGUGUGUGGAAGGGUCUGGUGGCCCGUAUCAUCAUGAUCGGAACGCUCACCGCCCUGCAGUGGUUCAUCUACGACUCCGUCAAGGUGUACUUCCGCCUGCCCCGCCCCCCUCCGCCCGAGAUGCCAGAGUCCCUGAAGAAGAAGCUGGGCCUGACAGACUGAAGCCCCCCCCACACCUGUCUGAGUAUGCCCCUCCACCACCAGGCUUUAUUUAUGCGUGCUGCAGGGUCUGAGGACAGAAGAGGGUGUUCCUGUAGAAACUGAUCCUUAGAACAUGCAGAUUUAAUAAAAAUGUUCUGGAAACUUC